AAAUUUUUGUUAAAGUAGUAAAAAUGUCCUUAACGCCGCUACUUUUGUGGGCAUUUGCGCUCCCGACCGGCUUUUGUGUGUCUUUUCCAUGGGCGGAUGAAACAUGCGACGAACUGGGAACAAUUUGUCGGUCUUUGCGGGAUGGUUUUCAUGAGAGUGAGAAGGAAAUUUCACGUGGAAAAUGUCCCGUAACGGAUGAGCAGGUGAACCAGACAGCCCAACGAGCGGAAACAUUCUGCCGGUAUGGUCAGCUUUGCCUAUAGAAACGACGGAAUUCAUUUACAGAAACAUGACGCUAACCACGACGCAUUUUCCGGGUCCUGGCCCGAGAAAGUGGGCAGUGCUUAAACAGCCUGAACGGACGCUGCCCGGAGCAUCGGCUGUCCAAGGAUGAAAACGGCUGGUUUAUGGCCGCAUGGAAUAGCUUCAGCGCGAGAUUGUGCGACUCAUCGGUGGGACCGCAGCGCUUCCUGCCUGCCACGGUGGAAUGCUACAUGCGGAACACUGAAAAUAUUCCGCUGAAUUUAAACAUUUCACCGUAUCUACAGGCUAACAACGCUUCCACUGCUCAGCGAAAUGCGUGCAGUAUGCUGUCGGACACUUUGACACAUUUCAACGGCACCGCUCGUGCAGCAAUUACAGCCAAGUGCGGUGAGGAAGGCAUACGCGUUCUAAUGGAUGGAACUGCAUUCCUGUACCAGGCGAAUUAUUGUGCGGCUGGCGAUGGCAAAGUCCAACGUCCGGCAAAUUUAUUGCAGUGUUUGCGAAUAGGCGCGAGCGCAUGUACAAUACGAAAUCAAAUCCACCGGAAAUACUGCUACAGCGAAGAAUUAAUAUGCAUCGCUACUUUUGUUGCGGCGCAAAAUGCCACUGCUGCAUAAACAACAAAUGCCCGCGAGAAAUAUUGGCUUGUUUUCGACGAACGACAAACAGUAACGUUAUUAACGCCAGACAAACCAUGGCGAGCAAGGAAGCGCACUGUCUUGUCUUAUCCCUUUUGGUCCUACUGAUUUCUGUGCAUUUAUCCGUACAGGACAGCGCAUUGAUGACAUGCAUGUGCCCGCUGGCACUGUGUGCACAAAGGGCAUGUAUUCCCGCCAGUUUAGCCACCUCAUCAGCCGGUGCGCAGAUCUCUCCGGUCGGCGGCGGCGGUGGCGCAUGUAACUGUAACUCCAACUGUGGAACCUGCCCCAUUGUGGAUCCGCUGCCUGGAAAUAUCUGCCAGACGGUGCUGUGCGCCGUCAACUGUCAACGUGCUAAUCCGGUCAAUCCAACUAGCACCGCGCAGUGCUGUAUAUGUUCCGGUGUCGCCGGCUAAAUACCGGAUGCGCAUUCCCACGCUGAAUUUGAAGGUUUUCGAUAACUCUAGUCAUACUUAUCCCAAACGUUCGGAUUCCGGAACAAAAUCGACGUAACGUCCAGUGUGAUUUUGUUAGGCAAAAAAAAAGGAAAAAGUAGACAUUUUAUUGCAGUACUCUGUAUAUGACACAGUCAAAACAUAUGUAAUAGUUGUCGUCCGAAACGAUGAGGAAUAAAAGAAGAAGCCGCAUUGGCAAGAAGCAGUAACAUAUUGCACCGGAAACGUUAUAAGCGCGUAUUUAAC